AUGGAGAUUCACUGUAAGCACGACCCGUUUGCGGCCAUGCACAGACAUGGCGGGGUAAACCAGCUCGGGGGCGUGUUCGUAAAUGGCAGGCCCCUCCCCGAUGUGGUGCGACAGCGAAUCGUAGAGCUCGCCCACCAGGGGGUCCGCCCCUGUGACAUCUCCCGCCAGCUACGAGUCAGCCACGGAUGCGUCAGCAAGAUACUGGGCAGGUACUACGAGACGGGGAGCAUCCGCCCCGGGGUGAUUGGGGGAUCCAAACCAAAGGUUGCUACACCCAAAGUGGUCGACAAGAUCGCCGAUUACAAACGCCAAAACCCCACCAUGUUUGCCUGGGAGAUCCGAGACAGGCUCCUGGCUGAGAGAGUGUGCGACAACGACAGUGUGCCCAGCGUCAGCUCCAUCAACAGGAUCAUUCGGACUAAGGUCCAGCAGCCUCCCGGCCAAACGGGCUCAGUGUCAGCUCACAAUCUAGCAACGUCCGUGGCUGCUACACAGGUCUCCGCGGUAACCAGCGACUCGGCUGGCUCCUCCUAUUCCAUCAGUGGCAUUCUGGGUAUCAGCUCAGCUGCCGACGCAGGCAAGAGGAAGAGGGACGAAGGGCUACAGGAGUCGCCGCUGGCCAAUGGGCACAGCCACAGUGGGCGGGACUUCCUGAGGAAGCAGAUGAGAGGGGAGCUGUUCUCGUCACAGCAGAUCGAGACAUCAGAUUAUUCAGCCAUGGCCUCCCUAGCUGGUGGGCUGGAUGAGAUGAAGAGCAGUUUGGCCAAUGCUGGAACAGGAUCAGAGAUAGGGGCGAACGUUACGGGCCCACAGUCCUAUCCGCUGGUGCCAGGCCGUGACCUAGCCAGUACUACUCUCCCUGGCUACCCGCCUCACGUUCCCCCGACUGGACAAGGCAGCUACUCCACCCCAUCCCUUACUGGCAUGGUACCCGGGGGCGAUUUUUCCGGAAGCCCGUAUUCCCAUCCUCAGUAUUCAACAUACAAUGAGUCGUGGAGAUUUCCCAACCCCAGUUUGUUAGUGUUCCAGCAGGAUUAUGGGUCUCUCCUGGGGACGGAAAUCGGCUGCUCCUCCAGUCUCUUCACCAGCCAGGCAGGACAGAUGCAAGGGUCGCCAUAUUACUAUAGUGCAACGUCACGGGGAGCGGGCCCUGCUGCCACGGCAACAGCCUCCGCCUACGACCGCCAUUGACCCGUUUCUACAGAGAGAAGAAGAGGGUAGGGAGUGCGAGGUGGAAGACGGAGGAAGGGAGGGAUAGCGCCAGAGCCAUCCAAUACAAUCCUGCCUGCAAACUUAGAAGAAAGAAGAAGACUUCAACUUCUUGACGUCGGGUGAAGUUUGAAUUUUCUGUGAU